GAUUAUUAGGUUACCUAUAUAUGUUUUUCAUAGCAAAUCUAAUCAAAUUUGAGUGUAUAUAGAGCAACAAUUUACAUAGAAUAUCGAAAAACCGCCACAAGAUGACUAAGAAGGUAUUUUUCACCAAGACAAAGGUUCAACCCUCCAACCGGGGUCCUUGUGCACGUGUACGUAUCAUCCGAUCUCUAACCAUGGGUGGAAAUAUUGAGCAACGUCCAUGGACGCCCACAGUGCGUACGGGUAAGAUAGCCGCUGAGACUAGCAAUCCAGGACCGGCUAUAGUACAAUUACCCACAUUGAUUGGAAGCAAAGUUCCUGAUUCAAAGAAGAAAGGUGCCCCAUCAUAUUCAUUUGGACAGAAAUUGUACAACAAGUAUGAUACAUUUGGUCCGGGUCCAGCACAAUAUAAUGUAACUGGAUUGCGGUCAAAGGGCAAAGAUUAUCCACGGGCAGCCACUUUACAGAGUCGGCCGAAGGAAAUGAGUCGCUUCUCAAAUCCCGGACCCGGGGAAUAUGAUGUAGUGCACGCUGCAAAGGCUGUUAUCGAUGCAACACCAAAAUAUACUUUUGGCCAGAAGCCUGCCAAUGCUAAGUUCAGUCUAAUACCAGGACCUAACCAUUAUCAAGUGGUGCCACUUGAUGUCAUUAGGCCGCGAGCGCCACGUUAUUCCUGUCGCAUUAAGGUUAAGGUUUACAUUGUUGAAAAUCCAGCGCCGAAUAGCUAUUGCCCUGAAAAGGUCACGCAAUCAAAAAAGAAUGCGCCACGUUACACAUUUGGUAGACGAACUAAAAUCCAACACGAUCAGGGCACACCAGCUCCUGGUGCCUAUUGCCCUGAGAAAGUGAAGCUGAACAAGACACCAGAGUUCAGUUUCGGCAUCAAGCAUCACGAACUUAGGCCAGACUAUACACCAGCCCCGGGCACGUAUAAACCGGAGCAGGUAGUACUAGAACAUACACCCGCUUAUAGUUUUGGUCUGAAGACAAAGCAUACACAGAUAAGUGUCACACCAGCACCCGGUGCCUACAGCCCCGAAAAGUCCAAAUUACACACAACACCUGCUUACAGUAUGAGUGGUAAGGCGUCUCACGAUGUAGUCGAUUGUACGCCUGCACCCGGCGCAUACGAGCCCGAGAAAUGUCUACUAUACAAGACACCCGCCUAUACAUUUGGACAGCGGGUAACUGUCACUAGUUCGAAUGACACUCCUGCACCUGGCACAUAUCAGCCCGAAAAGGUGCGACUGGACUUUACCCCCGCAUACACGUUGUCGGGGCGUCAUGAACUCAAGUCCAUCAACGAAACACCAGCGCCCGGGUCGUAUGCUCCGGAAAAGUACCGAAGUGAUCGCACCCCAGCGUUCACGUUCGGCGGUAAGCAUGAGCAGAAAACAGACAUCUCUACUCCGGCACCAGGCGACUACUGUCCCGAAAAAGUACGGCACGAUCACAAUCCUGCUUUCUCAUUUGCCGGUCGCCAUGACCUACAUAAAUCAAACGACUCUCCAGCACCGGGAACCUACGAAACGGAAAAAGUGCGACUAGAUCAUAAUCCAGCCUUUUCGUUUGCUGGUCGCCACGACCUUCACAAAGCUAGUGACACCCCCGCUCCAGGUGCUUACUCUCCCGAAAAGGUUAGACAAGAUCACAAUCCUGCCUUCUCAAUGGCUGGCAAACACAACCCAACUGUUUCAAGUGACACACCAGCUCCUGGAGACUAUUGUCCCGAAAAGGUUCGUUUAGAUCACACACCCGCCUACAGCUUUGGAAGCAAAAACGAUCCUAAAAUAGAUAGUAACACACCUGCUCCUGGAGACUACCAUCCAGAAAAAGUCAGGCUUGACAACACCCCCGCGUUUUCGUUUGCUGGUCGUCACGACCUUCACAAAGCUAGUGACACCCCCGCUCCAGGUGCUUACUCUCCCGAAAAGGUUAGACAAGAUCACAAUCCUGCUUUCUCAAUGGCUGGCAAACACAACCCAACUGUUUCAAGUGACACACCAGCUCCUGGAGACUAUUGUCCCGAAAAGGUUCGUUUAGAUCACACACCCGCCUACAGCUUUGGAAGCAAAAACGAUCCUAAAAUAGAUAGUAACACACCUGCUCCUGGAGACUACCAUCCAGAAAAAGUCAGGCUUGACAACACCCCCGCGUUUUCGUUUGCUGGUCGUCACGACCUACACAAAGCUAGUGACACCCCCGCUCCAGGAGCUUACUCUCCUGAAAAGGUUAGACAAGAUCACAAUCCUGCUUUCUCAAUGGCUGGCAAACACAACCCAACUGUUUCAAGUGACACACCAGCUCCUGGAGACUAUUGUCCUGAAAAGGUUCGUUUAGAUCACACACCCGCCUACAGCUUUGGAAGCAAGAACGAUCCUAAAGUAGAUAGUAACACACCUGCUCCUGGAGACUACCAUCCAGAAAAAGUCAGGCUUGACUACACUCCCGUGUUUUCGUUUGCUGGUCGCCACGACCUUCACAAAGCUAGUGACACCCCCGCUCCAGGUGCUUACUCUCCCGAAAAGGUUAGACAAGAUCACAAUCCUGCCUUUUCAAUGGCUGGCAAACACAAUCCAACUGUUUCAAGUGACACACCAGCUCCUGGAGACUAUUGUCCCGAAAAGGUUCGUUUAGAUCACACACCCGCCUACAGCUUUGGAAGCAAAAACGAUCCUAAAGUAGAUAGUAACACACCUGCUCCUGGAGACUACCAUCCAGAAAAAGUCAGGCUUGACCACACUCCCUCGUUUUCGUUUGCUGGUCGUCACGACCUUCACAAAGCUAAUGACAUCCCCGCUCCAGGUGCUUACUCUCCCGAAAAGGUUAGACAAGAUCACAAUCCUGCCUUUUCAAUGGCUGGCAAACACAAUCCAACUGUUUCAAAUGACACACCAGCUCCUGGAGACUAUUGUCCCGAAAAGGUUCGUUUAGAUCACACACCCGCCUACAGCUUUGGAAGCAAGAACGAUCCUAAAGUAGAUAGUAACACACCUGCUCCUGGAGACUACCAUCCAGAAAAAGUCAGGCUUGACCACACUCCCGCGUUUUCGUUUGCUGGUCGCCACGACCUUCACAAAGCUAGUGACACCCCCGCUCCAGGUGCUUACUCUCCCGAAAAGGUUAGACAAGAUCACAAUCCUGCCUUCUCAAUGGCUGGCAAACACAAUCCAACUGUUUCAAGUGACACACCAGCUCCUGGAGACUAUUGUCCCGAAAAGGUUCGUUUAGAUCACACACCCGCCUACAGCUUUGGAAGCAAAAACGAUCCUAAAGUAGAUAGUAACACACCUGCUCCUGGAGACUACCAUCCAGAAAAAGUCAGGCUUGACCACACUCCCUCGUUUUCGUUUGCUGGUCGUCACGACCUUCACAAAGCUAGUGACACCCCCGCUCCAGGUGCUUACUCUCCCGAAAAGGUUAGACAAGAUCACAAUCCUGCCUUUUCAAUGGCUGGCAAACACAAUCCAACUGUUUCAAAUGACACACCAGCUCCUGGAGACUAUUGUCCCGAAAAGGUUCGUUUAGAUCACACACCCGCCUACAGCUUUGGAAGCAAGAACGAUCCUAAAGUAGAUAGUAACACACCUGCUCCUGGAGACUACCAUCCAGAAAAAGUCAGGCUUGACCACACUCCCGCGUUUUCGUUUGCUGGUCGUCACGACCUUCACAAAGCUAGUGACACCCCCGCUCCAGGUGCUUACUCUCCCGAAAAGGUUAGACAAGAUCACAAUCCUGCCUUUUCAAUGGCUGGCAAACACAAUCCAACUGUUUCAAGUGACACACCAGCUCCUGGAGACUAUUGUCCCGAAAAGGUUCGUUUAGAUCACACACCCGCCUACAGCUUUGGAAGCAAGAACGAUCCUAAAGUAGAUAGUAACACACCUGCUCCUGGAGACUACCAUCCAGAAAAAGUCAGGCUUGACCACACUCCCGCGUUUUCGUUUGCUGGUCGUCACGACCUUCACAAAGCUAGUGACACCCCCGCUCCAGGUGCUUACUCUCCCGAAAAGGUUAGACAAGAUCACAAUCCUGCCUUUUCAAUGGCUGGCAAACACAAUCGAACUGUUUCAAGUGACACACCAGCUCCUGGAGACUAUUGUCCCGAAAAGGUUCGUUUAGAUCACACACCCGCCUACAGCUUUGGAAGCAAGAACGAUCCUAAAGUAGAUAGUAACACACCUGCUCCUGGAGACUACCAUCCAGAAAAAGUCAGGCUUGACCACACUCCCGCGUUUUCGUUUGCUGGUCGUCACGACCUUCACAAAGCUAGUGACACCCCCGCUCCAGGUGCUUACUCUCCCGAAAAGGUUAGACAAGAUCACAAUCCUGCCUUCUCAAUGGCUGGCAAACACAAUCCAACUGUUUCAAGUGACACACCAGCUCCUGGAGACUAUUGUCCCGAAAAGGUUCGUUUAGAUCACGCACCCGCCUACACCUUUGGAAGCAAAAACGAUCCUAAAAUAGAUAGUAACACACCUGCUCCUGGAGACUACCAUCCAGAAAAAGUCAGGCUGGACCACACUCCCGCGUUUUCGUUUGCUGGUCGUCACGACCUUCACAAAGCUAGUGACACCCCCGCUCCAGGAGCUUACUCUCCUGAAAAGGUUAGACAAGAUCACAAUCCUGCCUUCUCAAUGGCUGGCAAGCACAAUUUGAAAAUUUUGAAUGGUACUCCCGCUCCUGGUGAUUACUGCCCCGAAAAGGUACGACUGGAUCACACACCCGCUUAUAGCUUUGGUGGCAAAUAUGACCCCAAGGUGGAAAAUCAUCAUCCAGCGCCAUGCGACUAUUCCCCAGAGAAAGUUCGCCUCGACCAUACACCUGCUUACACAAUUACAGGUCGUACUGUUGUCGAGCAGUUGAGCGAGACACCAGCGCCCUGCGACUAUCGUCCUGAGCACUGUCAACUGGACAGCACUCCAGCAUUUACUUUUGGAAUGAAGUUGAAAAGGGAGCGAUUCAGUGAUACACCAGCACCCACUGCAUAUGAACCGGAAAAGCACACUACACAGUAUUCACCAGCUUACACGUUUGGAACAAAAUCUGAGAUUAGGGUUUCCACUGAUGCACCAGCUCCUGGACAUUAUCAUCCUGAGCAAUGUAAAGUUGAUAGUUCCCCGGCUUACAGUUUCGGAUUGAAGACAUUACCAAUGCCACAAAUUCCAGAACCAAAAGGCGCUUACAUUGAAGAUCGUAUCUUGCAAAGACGCGAGCGACGCUUAGCCAGUCCUGUACGUCAAAAUGGAGAGAACAAUCACACAACCACCACUACCACUACUAUCACUACAACAACUGUUAAACAGGACGAUGUGAAGCCGGCUUUAGGAAAGCAGGUGAAUGGUAUUAGCACAAAUCACACCCACAGCCACAUAAAGAUCGCACCAAUAACUAAUGGCGAUCAAUCGAAAUCAGUCACUACCACAACAAAAACCACACUUCGUCAUGUUGCCAAUGGACAAUCUGAAGUGGGUAAUGUCAAGGUAACUGCACGUGGAACUGCAGAUGCCAGCGCUAUGCAGGCGGCCAAUUCAAGUACGAGCACUGUACUCCAGUCAGAUGGCGCUGUGAUAACCAGGGGCAAAUCAACGAAAGUAUCGACGGUUAAGUACGCUGUAGAAGCAAGCAGUGUACAAGAGAAGAUCAUAAGCUCCUAAUGUCUACAAAAUACCAACUGUCUUGGGCAAUAGCAAAGAGGGACCAAUACGCUCGGCUCCU